CACCGGCCUUGCACCCCGGGCACCGACCUUGCACUCCGGGCACCGGCCUUGCGCUCCAGGCACCGGGGCACCUCCGAGUACCGGGCACCGGAUUGCAACGCGCAGGCACCGGAUCUUUGCACUGCCCCGGGCAUCAGUCCUCAGCGUGAAGUUUGUCAUGAGCAACCACCUGCGUGCGUCUUGCGUGGUGCCAUCACCCGGCUUUUUGGGAGCCUCCCGUGUCUUCAAGGGCGGUGGUCGGUGGUCCCUGUUCCCCGUGCACCGUCCUUGAAGAGCUUCAUGAUGUGCGUUGGCAUCUCCGAGCCUUCAGGAUGCGAGAAACGGCGCACCUUGUCCCUGCAGAGGCCCUGGAGCCCUGUCACCUCCAGGAUGUGGGAGGGGGCACUUGGUCCCACCCCCAAGUGAUGUGCAAGGCUUCAAAAAAAACCUCUUUGCACCUCCCCCUUGCCUGACCUGCUGUCCUGGCCCAGGCCCAGCUCCCGCAUCUCCUUUCACUUUUGGUCUCUCUCCCUUGUGGCCCCAUUCCUUCUCGAGCAGCCUCUCCGUCACCAAGCCCUCCGUGGUGGUCCCCGAUGGCAGAAGGCUUUGAGCACUCGGCGCAAGACGUGGGGCGGUCCGUGCUCAUCGAGAUCACCAACAACGUGGAGCAUGUCACCCUCCGAAACCCCAGGAGUUACUGCUUCAGCGGCCACAGCCACCACCCCCCGCCGGUGCAGAUCCCCCCCGGCACAGUAGGGAAGUGCAUCUUUGUGAAGCGGUCGUACAGUCUGCGUGGCAGUGUGGGGGUCCUGGUCUAUGAGGCGGACACCUUCUCCUUGGCCAUCAUGUUCUCCAACCCCUUUGACUACAAUCUCUACUACAUUGAGUUUGGCCUGAAGCUGACACCGAGCAACCAGCAGCUCCAGAACAUGGAGGAGCUCUUCAGGAAUAUGAUGGAGACCACCCCACCGCAAGAGCUGACUACCUUCCAGAAGAUGAAGCUCUCACAUUCCCAGGCCCCGCUGCAGGUGACCAUGGAUAACAUCCGUGUCACUGCCACCAUGUCCAACGCAGCCAAAGCCGUCCUCACCAUUCUCCUGGAGGAGAAGUCACGCAGGGAGCCCUGAGGCUGGGGAUGGCGCCUGCCCUCCUCCCCUCCGGUCCCACCGGAGGGAGGCUGGGCCAUCUGGAAUGAGGGAUGCUGGGGCCCCCCUUACUCAGUCCUGGUCUCUGAAUAAGGCUCAUCCCUGCAGCCCAGAGUUCCUGGCCCCACCAACCCCAUAGUUGCUCCCCCUGCAGCCCCCAUCUCUCAUAGCCACUGGCCUGUAUAGCCCACCGUCCCUCCCAGCCCCCUGCUCCCCACAGACCACAUCCCUCCUAGCUCCCUGUCCCCCUUCAGCCCCACAGCCCUCGUCCCAGACAGCCCCCUGUCCCCCCGCAGCCCCACAGCCCAGUCUUGGACAGCCCUCUCUGUGCCCAGCGCCCCAAACAGAAGGACCCUGCGCUACGGCAGGGCUGUAGCAGGGUGGGAGCUCCUUGUCACCACCAAUCUCUCCAUCUGGACACAAGGAGACCCCCCCCCCCCCCGAGUAGGAGCAGGGGCUAGGGCCAGCUGCCAGCACCUCCUGUGCUGUGCUGGAAGGACCCCAACCUCAAUGGUGGGGGUGGGUCUUCCUCCCCCAGUCCCGUGUGAUCCGGGAUGUGGCACCCUUUGGGGCCACCCCCAGGCAGUGCAUCACCUGCUGUGCCCUGUGAGCCUCGUCCUUACGAUCUCCAACCACCUACUUGCAUGUGUCUGGGCGAUGCCUGGGCUGCCCGGAAUGAGGUGAAACGUGGGGUAUCUUUUCAUCCUGUUGGGCAUUUAAGUUCCCUUUUUCAUGUCCUGCCUGCUGUUUAGCAUAAAGUUUGUCAUCAGUAACCA